UUCAACCAACUCAAUCAAUACAACAAUCAGCUCAAUCAGCACAACCAAUACAUUCUGUUCAAGCUCCACCUUAUCGAAAUCAACAGAUACAGUCACGAGGGCCUAAUUCUUUAACACCUGCAUCACAUGAUCAACAACAACAGCAACAUCAUACUACUACUAUACAAUUGCCAUUACCUUCUGAAUUGGAACCACACCAGACAACUCAUUCUUGGACAAUUCGCGGUUUUCAAGAUUUGACUAAAUUGAUGCACGGUGAUGCUUUUAUAUAUAGUGAUAGAUUCAAAUCACCAAGAGGUAUAAAUGACACAAGUUAUUUAAAUCAACCACAACAAAUUUGGAGCCCAGUAUCACUUUCCAAUGGUAUUAACCAUGAUGGCGGUGACGAUUAUUAUUCUGAUUAUGUAUGGAGAAUGAAAGUGUAUCCAAAUAGAUAUCAGAAUGAAGUUUCUUUAUUUCUAGAAGCUAUUCAAACACCUUUUGAAAAAAAAAAUUAUUCUUCAAAAGAGACUCCACGAUUGGUUUAUGUAUCUGAUAGAUUCAAAUGGAAUUUUGAUUUACAAGGUCAAUGCGGUUAUUGGGGAAUACACUCUAUUGGGACAUUUCAAGAUCUUUUUCAAAACCAUGUGAAUAAUGGUGUUGGUAGUGUUGUUUUAGCAAUGGUGGAGUUUAUAUUCAAUGAACAAGAUAAUUAUGAUGUUGUUAAUAAGAAUAUUGAUUUUAUAAGUGAUAAUUCUAAUUCUUGUCCUACAUCAUCAUCUCCAUCAUCUCCUUCUUCAUCUUACACUUCCAGUCCAUCUAAUAUAAGAACAAUCAAAGCUCACAAAGUCUUACUUUCGCAACGAUCAGAAUAUUUUGAUAGCAUGUUCAAAAGUGGUUAUAAAGAAUCUACGAUGAAGAGAAUACCAAUUAAAAAAAUUUAUAUUAAUGCUGAUAUGAUGCGAUUAGAACAUUUAGCGAAAUUGACUUCCGAACGAUUAUCAUAUAUGAUAAAUCAUGAUACAUGGGAUCAAUUGUUGAAGAUUACCUGGCGAUCAAAUAUCGCACCAGCUAGUAGAUUACAAUUGAAAAAGGUGAUUUUGGAGUAUGUAUAUAAGAAUUGGACAUUUUUAAAGGCUACUGAGAGUAUGAAAAAUUUGAUUGCUACUUCGUCUAUUGAAAAUAUUGAAGAGUUGAUGGAAACUAAAAUGUUUG